UUUGGAUAAAGCCAUCGGGAGCAGACAGAUCAGGCUCGAGGAUCAGACGCAGGAGUAAUUUCAACUCCGUGGCAUUUGCGUUCUUUGUUGAAGAGAUUUACGAGGAGGAAGGGAGUUCAUUCUCGGGGUACCGCAUCGAGACUUUUGGUCAAUUUCGAUCUAUUAGGGAGCGGGAGCGGAAGCGAGCAAGCAAGCAAGCGAGCGGUCGAGGUUGACUUUCACUGUCAAGAUGGAGGCCGCAUCGAGCUUUUUCGAGUCCAGAUCGAGGGGCUGGAAUGUCAACAGCCUGAUGAAUUUCUCGCAUCUGAAUUCGCGUGUCCAGCUUCAUCUUCGGAAGGUUUACACCACCCUCUGUUUGUCGCUCUUGGUGGCAUCUCUUGGAGUUUACGCGCACAUGUUGGUAAAUUUGGGAGGUUUCCUGACGAGCAUGGCGUUCAUCGGCUGCGUCAUGUGGCUUAUGUCUGUUCCGUCUUAUGAAGAGGGUAAGCGGUGGAAGAUUUUGAUGGGAGCAUCUUUUUUGGAGGGAUUAUCUAUCGGCCCACUGAUUGACUUGUGCAACAAUCUGUUUCCUGAUUCAGGGCUUGUCCUGACUGCCUUUCUAGGAACAAUUGCAAUUUUUGCAAGCUUCUCUGGAGCUGCACUUUUUGCCAAACGGCGUGAAUACUUGUUCCUAGGAGGGAUAUUAUCAUCAGCUGUGAGCGCUAUGUUGACGCUGCGAUUCUGUUCGUACUUUUUCGGUGGAGCGUCUGCAAUGUUCAACCUUGAGUUGUACGGAGGUCUUUUGGUAUUUGUUGGUUAUGUGCUCUUCGACACUCAGUUGAUCAUCGAAAGGGCAGACAAGGGCGAUGACGACUACAUUCAGCAUACGUUGGACUUAUUCAUGGACUUCGUGUCCAUCUUCGUUAGGAUUCUCGUGAUUCUGACGAAAAACGCGGGCGAAAAGUCGCGCAAGGAGGAGUCUAGGCGCAAGAGGAGUCAGUGAUCUCUCGUGGACAUUCUGAGUAGCACUAUUAAGAGAAUCUCUGAUGUGGAUUCCAUGUUGUGAUCUCGAUGAAGUAGAUUUUGAGUUGUACAUACUACUGUAGUGAUACACCUUCACUCUCAUGUAAAAUCUUUAGCGUCAAAGCGGGUAGAAAGUUCUGUAGCAGAUGACACUUUUGUGCACCUUGACACCCAUCAUUUGAUAAAUCAUGCUUUUCAAUUUUGAUUCUAAACUGGAAGAAAUAGAGAUAUUCUGCUUGAUCGUAGAUUGCAAUGCGGAUAGGUGUAGAAAUCUGUAGAUGUAUGGCGGAGACAUUGGAAUUUUUAUUCAAGAUAAAUUCAAAUCAGAGCUAUGGAUGCAGUGGAUGUAGAAAAUAUUCCACGCGUUUAAAGUUUGUUUAGCCA